UCACCGACUUGGGAUUGCUCGAGAAGACGAAGCACCGGAAAGCUGGAAAGACGAGGGCCGCCUCAGGGCCAAGGGUUCCUCCAGUCUUAAAUCUCGAUCCCUCCCCGUUUCCCUUCUCGUGUGCCCGUCUUUCUCCCCAUCCUCCUUUCGGAAUUCGGUUUCGGCGCCGUCGGCUCAGCCUCCGAUCGCCUCUCCAGAAUCUCGAGCACCGGGACUCGAUCGGCUUCGAGGUGGCGAUCGUGGUGCCCAUGAGGAGGCAGAAUGAGAGGGAUGAGGGCGCCGAUUGCAUCGAAUUCCGUGAACGGGAGUCGAUGAGGGCGAGGUUGACUAUCGAGAGAGAGGGUGCGUGGGGAAUUCCGAUGAAGUCGUAGAGUUUGGGUUUUGGAGUUGCCACUUGCCACUUGUGGUUUUCCCCUUUGAUUCUAAAUCUUUGUCAACUUUAGGUAUUUUUACAUGAAAUUGUUCUGGAAAAUCGACGUUCCUCUGCAGCUAGGGCCAGCAAUUCUUAGGUACUUAUUCAUUUUCUUAAGUUAGGGCCACCAUUCCUUAGUGCCCUUCUGGCGAUUAAAGGAAGAAAGAAAAAGAAUCUUUCUUUAUGUUGUCAUUGAUAAAGAUGAAAAAGAAUCUUUCUUUAUGUUUUGAUGGGAGUUUAAGUCCAUCCAAAUCUUCUUUUAUUGAUGCGGGAAAUGUGAACUGCAUUGGAAAAGGGUAGGACUUUUUCUUUUUCGUUUUUCUUUUAUCCUCAUCUCUUUCGUCGUCUCACACUUUUGUUCGUCAAGUCCACUUAAUAUUACCAAAUGAUGCUUCAUUUUCCGUUUGAGUGGCUAGGAUGUUACAGUUUCUUGCAGUUUGGUGUGUUUGGAGGCCGGGAAUCCUCCGUGGUGGGAGGAGAGAGAGGGAGGCAGAGUCGAGUUAAAUUUGCGCUUUAAUUAUCCAGCGCCCUGGUACUUGUCUCAUGAUGUGGUGCCACAUUGAUGCCCGAGUGUGACGUUGCUUCUUGUGCUUCUGUACAACUACUGCUGGUCGUUUUCUCAAGGGAUUGAGUCCCCUUACCGUAUCUUUAUUAGUGAAUAUAAAUUAGGCCUUAAAUAGAAGAAGAGUGAUUAAGGGCUUGUGAGGGUGGUAUCGGGAAACGGCAUCUCUUAUUGUAAAUGUAAGACAUAUAGGUUGACCAUCCCUAGACCUCACACUAGCAGGAGCCUUAUGUAAUGCACUGCCCCUUUUGGGAGAUUAUAGCCCUUGUAACCAUUUUCACUUGUGUCAAGUCACUGUUCUGGCGCAUUUCCUGUUAAAGUUGAUUGCUUAGAAUUCAUGAUGGUUGGUUUCUUUUCUUUUCCAUUACUUGGUUCUUUUGAAUGUUUUUGUCAAUAUUCUAUUAAUUUUUUAUGAAUUUAUUCAAAAAGACCCAUCUUUCCUCCAUGUUCUUUUUCAUUAACCCAUUUGUCUUUUUUUACAUCUUGAUAGAAUUGUUUCAUAUUAUGUUCUCUGUUAGAAUAUCACUCUGGAAUAACGGAAAGAAAAGGAAUAUUACUUUAUGCUGCAAUAAGAAUUGCUAAUAGCUUUAGCAUUUGUGCAAAAUUCUUAGGUUCUUGCUGUUUUUGUUGGUCUUUUAAAUCUGUUUUUCAGAUCCUUUGACUUAUGAGCCAAACUAAUAUUCGGCCACCUUCACGAUGGGUUAAUUAUCCCUUCCAUUACUUAAAAAGAAAAUCUGUCAAUUUCACCAUUGAUGCAUGAAAUCUGUAACUUUCAGAUCCUUUGACUUGUGAGCCAAACUAAUAUUCUUUGUCUCUCUUUCUUUCCUUCUUUAUUUCUUUCUUUUUAUUCUUGUCGUCGUCAUCGUCAUCCUUCUAGUCACCUUAACUUUUUGAUAAUAGUGUGUUUAAGCUAACUGAUGGACAUUUCAUUUUAAUGGAAGGUUGUUACAAAUGUACAAUGGCUUGCUUUUUAAGUUGGGAACUUCAUCUGAGGAUAGAGGGUUAAUUAUAAACUUGCAGCUUGCUGAUUUAUCUCCUGAACAUCUGUCUCCUAUUGUUAUAUUGGUGACAGAUUUACACCCUUCGUUUACCUGUAAAACCAGGGAAGACAACUAUCAUCGAGAAAAAAUGUCAUCAUCGUAUGAAAAAUCUUUGAAGAAGGAGAUCUUGUUUUUUGGUGGAAAAGUAAUGUUUUCCAGUAGGAACUAUGACAAAUUAAAAAAAAAAUGAAUAUUGGUCAUAGUCAAAUUAAUGGUAACACGUACCAAGAUACAACUUCCUCCGGGUAUUCAUACUUACUCGACGUUCAUUGUUCAAGAAUUACAAUUUAUCAUGACAAUGAUGAUGACAACUCGGGGAAUAGUAAUUCUUGCCUGGGGAGGAGUUCUUUCUUACCCGGGGAUAGACGAAAGUAUUGAAAUGAUAGCAUUGGAGAAUAAACUAAUAAUUGGCAAAUUUGCAUAAUUUGAAUAUAAGUGAUCUAAACAUGAAGGAUUGAACUUUGAUGCAGAUUUCCUGGAGUUGGCUCUGUAGUUUGGAAUGAUCUUGAUGUUUGCAUGUGCAUUUCCUCUUCUUAUCUUCUGCUUUGAUAGGAUGCUAAAAUAGAUAUAGACAAUGAAUAAGCAUUCAUUAACAGGAGCCAGCUUGGGUGAGAACAAAUUGCAUGUGAUAUGUAGCUUAGGCAACGGAUACGUUCUCUAAGCAAUUUUUCAGGAGCAUCUCCACUAUAGAAAGAACGCAACAAUACUGCACAUAGCGGAAACCACUGCAGGUUUUGUAGAAUAUGUGGUGGCCUCUUUCUUUUUUUCUUUUUUUUUUUUUGUCAGCUUACCCAUCUGUAGUUUUUAGGAGGACUACGAGAAGAUCUUUCCCUUAAUUCAUUUUUAUUAUAUUUUCAUAUGUUGUUUUCUUUUUUCUUUGCUGUGUUGUGUCCUUUGUUGUCUUGGUGUUUCUGGUAAACAUAAUCAUUGAUACCAGUAAAAAGAUGUUUCUUCCCAUUAUUGCUAGAUUUUGCAAUCCAAGCUGAACAAGAAUGCUUGUCAUGCAGGACUAAUAGUAUACAUUGAGAUUCCUUCUCUGUACUAAUCCGAUUAGAAAGGGAUGUGCAAGCUCUGAGGAGGGUUAGAUAGUCAGGAAACAAGACAUGCACAGGAAAGAAUGGGUUGCUGCUCAGGAUUUUUUUAUUUUUUUGUGAGCUCGAGAUUUAUCUCAAAGCAGUCUGAUUCACUGGAAUUGACUUUGAGAAGGAUGGAAGCUGGAACUUGUUGCCUGAUGGUCAAGCGCUACACUUAACGGUUUGGAGAAAUUGUUUGAGCUUUUCAACUACACUGGAUUGUUUCAAACUUUUAACUUGCCUACUCAUCCAUUCCAAAAGCCUGGCUCAAAAGAAAUGACAAGGAGAUCAGUAUUGGAGGCUUGGAACCUUGGCACUAAUGUUCAAUAGUUACUUUUCCUUGGCAAUGCCCUGUGUUGCAUACUAUCAAAAGGAUUUAUACUUGCGAUAAUUCGAAGGUUGAUGCAGUAGCUUUAAGCCUUACCAACCAGUUUCCCUAUAGUGCUUGGAAAUGAACCAGAUGAGUGGUCUGCUCAAAAGCAUCAAUCUACACUUGUACGGAACAAACUGGUGCAUGUUUCCUUCCUUUCAUUUAUGAAUUAUUUAUAUGGAUUAGAGAGUAGGAAGAAGGAGCAUAUCCAUGGAUUUCUUUGUACCGUAUUAAUCAGAGUGCUAAUCUGGGUUAUAGGCAGGGCACGUAUACAGGAGAUUGGAAGUUCCUCUAGAAACAUGAUUGUUCAAGGAUGGAACUCGUCCUCAUUACAAACUUUGUCCAGGUGUUUCCUCUGUUGCUUAAAAUAAAUCUGGGAGCAGCUUUGCAUGAAAAUUACCACUUAAUUGUUCUGAGAAGAAGAUGUUUUUGGUUUUCUAAUUAUUUGACUUAGAGCUUUGACCAAUUUCUCAUCGACUAAUUGUCUCAUUUCCAUACUUAUUGCAGCUCCUAGUUUCAAGAUUUUGUGAACUUUUCAGUUCUUUGUGUGAAAAUGCAUACAGAUUAUGAUUAGCAAUGUGUUUGAGGGGGCAAAAAUUAUCAAAAAGUUUCUCCUUUAUUUGUAAAGGUUGAAACUAAGUGUGAACUUUCUUGGAGAAGGGCAUGUUCUCAGCAAAGUGUGAAUGAGUUGUAUGGGAUCUGGCAACUCACCUCAGGCAUGCAUUAUUGUUCCAAGAAAGCUACCUGUCUCCUGUUCUUUGGAAAGAAUUAUUUUGCAGAAGAAAGAACAUCAAGUCUUCCAACACCUGCAACUCUGUUGAAAACUCCCUGGUUGCUCUCACAUUGACUGAAUUCAGAUAAUGAAGAUUAGCACAUCUAAUCAUGAUUAAGAUCUGCUGAAGAAGGAUAUUAUCGGGCACAAUAGAAGGAUGUAUAAACUUAAAAGACUCCGAAUCCGACAAUAGGGUCACAAAAACGGGUUAACGGGUCCAACGACGCCCUUUAUUAGACCCCGCGACGGCGGCCGCAUGCUCUCUCGCUUCUUCCGUGCCCAAAUCGCCCCCUUCGCAUCUUCUUCGCCGGACGAAUCGAUCGGACGAAGUGGGGCCGAGUAGAAAUCCUCCUUCGAAUCAGCUCCGGCGACGAUGGCCGAUUACGCUCAGGAGCAGGAGAUGGAGAUCGAGGCGCUACAAGCCAUUCUCAUGGACGAUAUCGAAGAGAUCGAUUCCAGUGAGAGUGGGCUAAGCACUCAAAAUCGGUGUUUUCUUAUUUCACUAACUCCGCAGGAUAAUGAUGUGGAUGAGUCAAUUUCAACUCCAGUUAAGAUGGGUCUGAUAUUUUCUCACACUGAAAAGUAUCCUGACGAACCCCCACUUCUGAAUGUUAAAAGUUUAAGAGGCAUUAGGCCAGAAGAUCUGACAAGUUUGAAAGAAAAGCUUCUCCAGGAGGCAUCUGAGAAUCUUGGCAUGGCAAUGAUUUACACGCUAGUCACAUCAGCUAAAGAGUGGUUAAGUGAAGCGUAUGGAAAUGAUGUUGGAAUUGAAGAUUCUGAAGAAAAUGAUGCAGUUAAAGAUGAGAUUAUUGUUCCACACGGAGAACCGGUUACCGUAGAAUCCUUUGUUUCUUGGAGAGAAAGAUUUGAAGCUGAACUAGCACUAGAGCGAGCCAAGUUAAUGCCAGACUCUGCUUUAACAUCAACAAAGGAGAAGAAGCUUACUGGAAGACAGUGGUUUGAGAGUGGAAGACAUGCAGUGAAAGGUGCAACUACAGUUGCUGAAGGGUCUGAAGAGGAAGAGGAAGACAUUGAGUUUGAUGACGACUUUGAAGAUGAUGAGGAAGACAUGCUUGAGCAUUAUUUGGCGGAGAGGUCUGAGAAAUCAUCCGAGGGAUCCAGGAAGUGAACAAAGAAUACAUAGUCCUCCCACUUCAUAUCAAGUCUGAGAUCUUUUUAUUGUCCAACUUUGAGUUUGUUCUUUUUCUGCGUCUUCUUUUUCUUUUACCAAUUUCACAGCUAAGAAAUUGAUAUAUCUUGCGAGAUUUUGACCGAUUCUCCCCAAGUCUGAAGUGAUGGCAUCUCCCCAAGUCUGAAGUGAUGGCACCUCUCUCUUGUAUGUCUUUGGUCGAUAUUAAGCUAAUCCAUCAUAGUAGUUAUAGCAGCAGCACCACCGAUUGCAUGCUGAUUGAAAAUUAAAUCUGAACUCUUUGAUCGUGUUGUUGUUGUCGGUCUUCAAAUGUUUACAUGUAUUAUUACAUUAGUAGAAGUGUCGGUCAUCAAAUGGCUUUUAGGUUAUCUUUGACAUUGGCCUCUAUGAUAUAAAAGACGUGAUGAAUCAUGGAACCCUUUUGUAUUA